AUGCUCCUGGGGAAUCCCCCGACGCCCCAAGCUUGUCCCUACCCCUACACCAAUCACAACAGCGAAGGUCUGGAUGUCACAGUGAAAUUUAGACUUGGUUCAACACGACUGUCAGAACAGCUGAGGUUGAUCAACUGCUCUGACAUCAGUGGACCACCAAGUUCAGUCUUGUGUCAGCAGUGCAUCAAAGCUGGUUGUGGAUGGAACAUAAACAGAUGUUCCUGGGCUGAUCAAACAGAGAUCAAUGACAGCGUUUGCCAAAAUGUGCCGUCUGGGAAGAACUUCUCUAUCCCAGAGAUCUCCUCUAUCACUCCCAGUGUGGUGUCUUUCUACGGUAGAAACCACGCAGUGCUGUCAGGUCGUAACCUCGGUGAUGUGACUGCAGUGAGGGUGCAGGCCGAUACUGACUGUACUCCAAAAGAAUCUCCUGUUUGGGACAACACUGGUUUCAGUCUGACGUUCCACAUUCCCAGUUCAAAUAUCAAAGGUGUGGUCAACGUAUGUCUUCUCCUCCCAGAUGGUCGUUGCCAUGGCAAAGCUAAAAUCACCUACAGCUCAUUACCAUCAUGCACCAAUAUUACUCCAAGCAGCAGCUGGAUCAGUGGGAAGAGGAAGAUCACACUCACUGGGUCCCAUCUUAACUUUGUUGAAGGGGUCAUGCACAGCCCCACAAUGCAGGAGGUCAGACUUCCCAGAUACAUCAGCUCUCAGAAUCUCACCUAUGAUUCACCUGCAGCUCUGAGCAUUUCUAGCAGUACUGUGUAUUUGAAAGUAGCCAAUGAAACCUUGACCUGCUCCAGAAAACUCUCGUACUAUCCAGACCCUGAGUUUACCAGCUUCACAGCCACAAGGACAGGGAAAGAUGUGCGCAUCACCAUUCAGGUAAUUAAAAGCUCAACCAACCCUGAAUUUCAACAAUUAUUGAUAAAAUACGGAGACAAAUCUGUCGAACUGGAAAAUAAAGAUAAAUCUCCAGUUUAUUAUUUUCUGAUGCUGAUCCUUGUCCUGCUGCUGAUACCAGCCAUUAUUAUUGUGGCGUUAUUCUACCAAAGAAAACAGCAGAGGCUCGCUGAUAAGAUGAACAAGUUUGUGGAAGACCUUGAGCUCAACAUCAGGAAUGACAUCAGACAAGGUUUUGUGGAGUUGCAGACAGAAAACGCUGAUCUACUGGAAAAUGUUGGAACAAUUCCUUUCCUGGAUUUCAAGCACUUUGCCUCCAGAAUCUUUUUUCCUGAGAAUGAAUCUUUGAUGGAAUCCUGUAUCAAAGACAUCAGUCAGGAUGUGGUGAAGAUUCAGCUUGAUGAGUGUUGCCAGGGCUUGUCCAGGCUGAUCCAGGACCAGCUCUUCCUCACCUCCAUGGUGCAUGCUCUCGAGGAAGAGAAGAGUUUCACCAUCAAAGACAAAUGUGCAGUAGCAUCUCUGCUCACUGUAGCACUCCACAGCAACUUGUCAUACCUGACGGAGGUGAUGGAGGUUCUGCUCAAGGAUCUGAUGCAGAAGAGCAGCAACGCUCAGCCCAAGCUGUUACUCCGACGCACUGAGUCUAUAGUGGAGAAGCUGCUCACCAACUGGAUGUCCAUCUGCCUCUAUGGCUUCCUUCGGGAAACUGUUGGCCAGCACCUGUUCCUGAUGGUUAGCGCCCUCACGCAGCAGAUUGCAAAAGGCCCAGUGGAUUGUGUCACAGAGAAAGCGCUGUACACGCUCAACGAGGACUGGCUGCUCUGGCAGGCUCAGGACUUCAGCUCGCUGAAGCUCAAAGUGCUGUUUGCUGUAGGCACUGACGGGGAGGUGAGUGAGCCUCUGGAGGUCAACGCCCUCGACUGUGAUACAGUGGAGCAGGUCAAAGAGAAAAUUCUGUCCAGCUUCAAGGCCAAGUUUGGUUUCCCCUACAACAUUCCCCUGAGGGAUGUCUGCAUAGAGUAUGAGAAGAAUGGAUUAUUCCUUCCUCUUCAGGAAGUUGAUGCAAGCUCAGAGGUUAUUGGGGAGGUGACAAUGCUCAACACACUCAAACACUACAAGGCUAAUGAUGGCGGGACAAUCAAAGUGCUCUCUAAGAAAACUCAUCCUCCUCUGAGCCCACAAGGAAGUUUGAAAGAUGACGAGAACUUCUCGGGAAAAUACUUCCAUUUGAUCGAUCCUGAUGUAGAUGAAGAUCAAACAAAGAACCCAGAGAGGAAGAAGUUAAAGCUAAAGGAAGUACACCUCACCAAGCUGCUCUCUACCAAGGUGGCAGUGCAUUCAUUUGUGGAGAAACUCUUCAGGUCCAUCUGGGGCCUGACACUCAGCAGAUCUCCGUUCGCUGUCAAGUACUUCUUUGACUUCUUGGACACUCAGGCGGAAAACAUGAAGAUCACUGAUCCAGAUGUCCUGCACAUCUGGAAGACCAACAGUUUGCCGCUGCGCUUCUGGAUCAACAUUCUGAAAAACCCUCAGUUUGUUUUUGACAUGGAGAAGACGCCACAUAUGGACGGCUGCCUGUCCGUCAUUGCUCAGGCCUUCAUGGACUCCUUUUCUCUGAGUGAGAUGCAGCUGGGGAAGUACGCGCCUACCAACAAGCUCCUCUAUGCCAAAGACAUUCCCAAGUUUAAACAGGAAGUGAAGAUGUACUACAAACUGAUAAGAGACCAGUCACCAGUCACGCCCGCAGAAUUCAAGGAUUUCCUGCACGAAGAGUCAAAGAAACACGAAAAUGAAUUCAAUGAAGCAGCAGCGCUCAAAGAACUCUACAAAUUCAUAGAGCGAUACUUCACAGAGAUCAAGCAGAAACUGGACGAGAACGGAGUCCCUGCUGAGCUGAAGGAGCAGCUACAACAUGUAAAGCAAUCAUUUGAUGGACUGAAAAGCUGCUCCUGGAGUUGAACCAUCUGUCUUUUCUCUAAUAGGAAUAAGCUGUGAAUAUCAAGCAAGGGAGUGAACCUCACAGAGGAUGUUUCGUUUACCGAAAGCUUUUUGUAUCUGAUGGACUUUCACUUUCUUCACCAGCGGAGUAAUUGUUGUUAAAACUCAUGAACCCAAAUGCACAAUGAUUCCAAAGACAUGUCAGACACAAGGUUAAUGUACAAAUAUUUUAAUACAGUUCAAGUCUGUAUCAUCAUUGUGCAACGUAGUCCGUAGUGUCAUCUGUAUGACUCCUCUGUAUUUUUUCCCCCAAGACAAUGGCUUUAUAACAAAUGUAAACAAGUUUCUUAUUACAAAAUCCAGCCCUGAGGAUAUCAUGUGAAAAAGUGCCAAGGUAUCACAUUUUAGACAUAUAAAAUGUGGAAUUCUUCCAAUAAAUGUUUUAUUUUUAUAAAAA